AUGACUAAAGUGUGCUAAAUUGAUAAGAAAUUAAGUCCAAUAAAAAUUAUCAAACACAAUUACGGAAGUAAAUAUAAUAACUUUGGUAUUUACAGCUAAAUUAAACUCCAAAAAAGUAACAAAAUUCUUAAAAACAUAAAAGAAUCGACGAUGGUGAUCCUAGCAACAUCAGUUCAAAGUGCAGCUUUGUGUUCUGUUUUCACAGUUUUCAUCAGCACCUACAGACUCCACACAACAGUAACACCACGUGGUGAAUGCGACAAUUGCUGCGAAAUUCGAGAGUCAGUUGACAUUAAGUUCUUCCUUUAUAAUCAAAAAUAUCAGAAAAAUGGAAAGCAAAUCUUCUUAAAUGAUGCAAAAGGACUGAAAAAUCUCAAUAAGACAAUGCCGCUGGCGAUAUUUGUUCAUGGAUUUACAGACAGCUCAAUAGGACCAUCAACAUUGAGUGCUAUGAAGGUUAAGGAUGCAUUUAUGGAAAUCAAAAAUUAUUCAGUAAUACUGGUCGAUUGGAGUCCAAUUGCAGCAUUUCCAUGGUAUCUUGAUGCUGUCAACAAUGCACCACGAGUUUCUCGAUAUAUUUCAAGAUUCAUCAAAUUUCUAGUCAAAUCUGGUGUUUUAUUGGAGAACAUGCAUUUAAUUGGAUUCAGUCUUGGAGCUGAAAUAGCAGGUUUUGUAGGAAAGACUCUAAAAGACUGGGGCAUCCUGUUACCAAGAUUAACUGGAAUCGAUCCAGCUGGUCCAAUGUUCAUGAAUGGCGACACAUCAACUCACAUAUCCAGAAGUGAUGCAAAGUUUGUUGACAUAAUUCACACUGAUGGAGGAAUUCUAGGAAUGCCAUGGGCUGUUGGCCACGCUGAUUUCUUCCCAAAUGGCGGUUUUGCAUCUCAACCAGGAUGCAUCAAUGAGAGUCUUUCUAGAAAUAAUUUGAUUGGUAUUGUUGGUGAGUUUGACUUUUAUUUUUAUCAAGUGAACUUCUGCAUCCUUUAUUAUAUGAUUAAGCUUCAAUUCCCAUUAAAUUUUUCAUGGCUAUGCAUGUUUAGUAGUCACAUAGAAAGGGAAUGGUUGAAUAUUUCAACUAAUACUGUCCUAAAAAUUCAAUUUGCGCUUAACUACAAAACCUCAUCUUCUCCUCAAACAUUUGAAGACAUGACCCAUGAUAAAUUCAAGAUUCAUAAACUAAACUGAUCUUUUUCUAUUCCAGCCGGCUGCAGUCACACCCGCGCUCUCCUGUUUUUCGCUGAAUCAAUUCGCAAACCUCUAGCCUUUCCAUCUGAAAGAUGUGAUCCAAUAAACAAUGAUUCAGCAGAGUGUAAAGAAGACAUUCCAGCAUUUAUGGGUCUUGCAGCUGACAAAAGACUUCGUGGGAAAUUUUAUUUGACGACUAAUGGCGAGGAGCCUUAUGGCAGAGGAUAUGAUUUGAAUGUUUGAGGCUAUCUUGACUGUUAUUAUUAUAAAUGAUGAUAAUUUUGUAUGAAUAAACAUUUUUUUAUC